GUAUAUCAAAUUCAAUAUCAAGAUCUUUGCUAAUCUUCUUAACGUCUCUUAUUUGCGUUUAUUAAUUGAUAACAAAUUUUCCAUUUUGCUGUGUCGCCUACGUAAAACAACUUAUAUAACAGAUAUUAAAAUAUAUAAAAUACAUAUCAUCAAGAUGCCGAGUAACGUUCAAGAAGGUUUUUCUACGAAAGCUAUCCACGCUGGCCAGGAUCCAGCACAAUGGAAUCAUUGGUCGUUGGUUCCUCCUUUAGUAAUGUCUACUACUUUUCAACAAAGUCAUCCAGGAGAAAGUCAUGGUUUCGAAUAUGGUAGAAGUGGCAACCCGACGCGCAACGUAUUGGAAACGUGUUUAGCAGCAUUGGAAGAUGGAAAGCACGGUUUUACUUUUUCAUCGGGCUUGGGAGCCAUCACGGCUGUGACAGGUUUACUCGAAACGGGAGAUCAUGUCAUUUCUGGAGACGAUGUUUAUGGCGGAACUAAUCGUUUUUUUCGAAAGUGCUUAGUUAAACAAGGUAUUAAGGUAUCUUUUGUGGACCUGGUAGAUACAAAAAACCUCUUGGCUGCUUUACAACCAAACACCAAGAUGGUUUGGUUGGAGACACCCACGAAUCCUCUAUUAAGAUUAGCAGAUAUCGAAGAAAUUGCCAAAGUUUUAAAGUCCCAAAAUCCAGAUAUCAUUUUUAUCGUCGAUAAUACUUUUCUGACGUGCUAUUAUCAGAAACCAUUAGAACUCGGAGCUGAUUUUGUAGUAUAUUCUCUAACUAAAUAUAUGAAUGGACAUUCGGAUAUUAUCAUGGGUGCAGCGAUUACAAGGAGAGAUGAUUUAGCGGAGAGACUUCGUUUUCUACAAAAUGCAAUGGGAGUAGUUCCAUCGCCUUACGAUUGUGCUAUGGUUAAUCGUAGUUUAAAAACAUUAGAACUUAGAAUGCAACAGCAUAUGAAAAAUGGAUUAGCUGUUGCCAAAUUUUUGGAUAAACAUCCUCUAGUGGACAAAGUUAUUCAUCCUUAUUUACCGUCUCAUCCGCAGCAUCAACUUGCUUUAAAACAAUCGACGGGUCACAGUGGCAUCGUUUCGUUUUAUAUUAAAGGAAGUGCUCAAAAAUUUUUGAAGAGUCUUCGUUUAUUUGCUUUAGCAGAAUCACUUGGUGGCUACGAAUCUUUGGCGGAAUUGCCAAGCGUCAUGACACACGCUUCUAUUCCCGAGGCCACAAGGAACGAAUUAGGAAUCACGGAUCAGUUAGUUCGUUUGUCUGUUGGACUUGAAACGGAAAAAGAUUUGUUAGCUGAUCUUGACCAAGCUUUAAAAGCUUCUCAAUGAUAUCAAAAAUAGUAUUUUUCUAACAUAAUAUUUUCAACAGACACUACGGUUUGCCGACAUAGAGAAAUUAUUUUUUAAGGGAUCUUUUUUAUAUGUGACAUAUUGCCAUAAUGUGAUACAUUUCUUCCUACGCGUGUGUAUCGACUUUUAUAACUGAGGUAACGUUCUUACUACUAAUCAUAUUGAUACGAAUACACACAAAUGUAAGGAUUUGUUUGAUAUUUACUGUUGUUAAAAGAAAUGUGUUCAGGCAGGAGCUGCUUUCAUUUAUACCUACGCAAAUCGUAUAUAAACGAAUAUAAAUAAAUAAAUAAAUGUAAUAUUACUAGUAUAAAGAGAAAAUGUAUCUAUCAAAAGUGUUUAAAAGAAGUAGAAAUAUGCAUUGUCCUAUACCUUUGACGUUUCUGCGAUUUAAGCCAAGAACGAUUGUAGUUAAAAACUUGAUAAGAAAAUAAUAGAAAGGAAAAAAACAAAA